AUAUUUCUCCAUUCACAUCCUCUAGAUAUUUCUGUAUUCCCGUAAAAUUCAAGAAGAAGCUCGAGAUAUAUCUCUGCUCGUGCCUUUAAAUAGAUACACAAAUCCUCUGUUUCUUCUCAUCAGAAGUCGGAAAAAAAAAAAAAACUAAGUUUCUCAAAAGCAAACGAAACCGAUCGAAUCAGAUUCUCUCUUCAGAAAAAAAAAAUGUCGAUGAUUCCAAGCUUCUUCAACAACAGACGAAGCAGCAACUUCUUCGAUCCUUUCCCACUCGGCGCAUGGGAUCCGUUCAGAGACCUAACAUCAUUAUCAUCUUCUUCGCUUUCUCGAGACACCUCAGCGAUCGUUAACGCACGUGUGGACUGGAGAGAGACACCGGAAGCUCACGUGUUCAAAGCCGACUUGCCUGGACUGAAGAAAGAAGAAGUGAAGGUCGAGAUCGAGGAAGAUAACACUGUUCUGAAGAUCAGCGGAGAGAGACACGUGGAGAAGGAAGACAAAAACGACACGUGGCACAGCGUGGAGAGGUCGAGCGGACAGUUUUCGAGGAGGUUUAGGUUGCCUGAGAAUGUCAAGAUGGAUCAGGUUAAGGCUGCGAUGGAGAAUGGUGUUUUGACUGUUACUGUCCCCAAGGCUGAGACCAAGAAGGCUGAUGUCAGGUCUAUUCAGAUCACUGGCUGAGCAUAGCUAUGAUUUUGAGUUUUCUGAUCUGUGUUCGUUGUUCUCUGUUUUUGCUUGGGUGUGUGUAAGUGUGUCUAUCUAAGGGCAAUCCAAUUGGGAGUAUAUAUUUUAAGGGCUCUUAAAUUGUUUAAUAUUUUGUAGUUUGAGAUGAUUAAAAAUUUUGGGAUUGUUAAUUAAAAGUUUUUUCUCAA